GGCAGCCGAAGCGGCGGCGCCCGAGGACGCGGCGGCGGCCAGCGCGGCUGAGGGGCCGGUCCGUGGUGCGGGGCCGAGGAGGGUGCGGAAUGGGCUCGGUCUGAGGGUCACAGCUAGAGGAUUCCCCGGGCCACUGUGACAGUUUUCACUGGAGUGGAAGGUGCUGGAAGGCAGACCGGCCACCAUGUCCACAUUCAGGCAGGAAGAUGUGGAAGACCACUAUGAGAUGGGGGAGGAGCUGGGCAGCGGCCAAUUUGCGAUUGUGCGGAAAUGCCGGCAGAAGGGCACCGGGAAGGAGUAUGCAGCCAAGUUCAUCAAGAAGCGCCGCCUGUCGUCCAGCCGGCGGGGUGUGAGCCGGGAGGAGAUCGAGCGGGAGGUGAACAUCCUGCGGGAGAUCCGGCACCCCAACAUCAUCACGCUGCACGACAUCUUUGAGAACAAGACUGACGUGGUGCUCAUCCUGGAGCUGGUCUCGGGCGGGGAGCUCUUCGACUUCCUGGCCGAGAAGGAGUCCCUGACGGAAGACGAGGCCACUCAGUUCCUCAAGCAGAUCCUGGACGGCGUCCACUACCUGCACUCCAAGCGCAUCGCCCACUUCGACCUCAAGCCAGAGAACAUCAUGCUCUUGGACAAGAACGUGCCCAACCCGCGGAUCAAGCUCAUUGACUUCGGCAUCGCCCACAAGAUCGAAGCAGGGAACGAGUUCAAGAACAUCUUCGGCACCCCAGAGUUUGUGGCUCCCGAGAUUGUCAACUACGAGCCCCUGGGUCUGGAGGCAGACAUGUGGAGUAUCGGCGUCAUCACCUAUAUCCUCUUGAGCGGCGCAUCCCCGUUCCUGGGCGAGACCAAGCAGGAGACCCUGACUAACAUCUCGGCCGUGAACUACGACUUUGACGAGGAGUACUUCAGCAACACCAGCGAGCUGGCCAAGGACUUCAUCCGCCGGCUGCUCGUCAAAGACCCCAAGAGGAGGAUGACCAUCGCCCAGAGCCUGGAGCAUUCCUGGAUCAAGGCCAUCCGGCGGCGGAACGUGCGGCGGGAGGACAGCAGCCGGAAGCCAGAGCGGCGGCGCCUGAAGACCGCCCGCCUCAAGGAGUACACCAUCAAGUCGCACUCGAGCAUGCCCCCCAACAACACCUACAUCAACUUCGAGCGCUUCUCCAAGGUGCUGGAGGAGGUGGCAGCGGCUGAGGAGGGCCUGCGUGGGCUCGAGCACAGCCGACGCCUGUUCCACGAGGACAUCGAGGCGCUGACAGCCAUCUACGAGGAGAAGGAGGCCUGGUACCGUGAGGAGAACGAGAGCAUCGGCCAGGACCUGCGGCGGCUGCGGCAGGAACUGCACAAGACCGAGGCGCUCCAGCGGCAGGCGCAGGAGGAGGCCAAGGGCGCCCUGCUGGGGGCCCGCGGGCUCAAGCGCCGCUUCAGCCGCCUGGAGAGCCGCUACGAGGCGCUGGCCAAGCAGGUGGCCUCAGAAAUGCGGUUUGUGCAGGAUCUGGUGCGCGCCAUGGAGCGGGAGAAGCUGCAGGGUGGGGAGUGCAGCCUCCGCUAGGGCCUCCUGGGGUAUGCGGUGUCCCGCAGCUCUGGGUGGCGCCCCCAUCACCCUGGUGUGGCUCUCCCUGGAGGGCCCGCAGGCUGGAGGCUGACUUGGGAAGAGCGCUGGUCUGGAAUGCACUUCGCGGGGCCCAGGAAUUCACGGCCGACGGGAGGACCUUGGCUCGGCUCUGCCCCGGGAGGACGUGCUGGUCUGGCCUCUGCAGAGCCUGCGUCCCCCCCCCAGCUCAGCCCCUCUGUCCUGCAACUCAACUCUGGGGGCUUCUGGGCCAGUGUCCCCUCAGGAACUCUGAAUUCUGUGAGGAGUUGACAUCUCCAGUAUGGAACUGGCCACAGUGGACACAGAUGCCUCACACCUGGGGGUGUCAGCGUGGCAGCCUUUGUGCCCAGGGCUUGGGCCAGCAGCUUCAGGCCCUCCAUGUGACCCAAGUGCAUGGAGCCUUGGGGAGGGCCUCUGAGUGCCCGGGCUCGCCCCAGGGCUCAGAAUUGAUGGGCUCCUGCUGGACACCCCAGCUCCUCUUCUGCAGACAGGAGGCUGCUCCUCCCGGGUCAGUGGUGGAGGUGGCCUCUGAGCCCGGCCCUUCAGAUCCCUAGCCCCUCACAUUGUCCCCAGCCUGGGGCAGGGCACCAGGGCCAGAGCUGAGAUGACCCAGCCCUCAAGGAGCUGUUGGUCUGGGGUAGUACUGGGGAGACCGUGUGGCAGGCACAGUGCCAGAAUGCAGUAGAGAAAACAGCUAGCUGCAAAGGGGGUCUCCACUCCCCCCCGUGAGGCGGGCCCACUGGGGGCCAGGCGGGGAAGAGCUGCGGCUGCCCGCGGCCCUCCCCAGUGGGGCAGGCUGUGGAGCCAUCCUCUCUCCAGCUCCCCGACAGCACAGAGCCCCUGACUCACCAGAGCCAUCAGUGAGGGUCCCACCCUUGCCUCUUCCCCUGCCCCAUCUCGCUGUCUCCUCCAGGGCUGCCUUGGGAACCAUUAGGGCUUCAGGCCAGCAGCUCUCGUGUGGGCUCCGUGGAGUAAUUGCUAGAGGCCCAUGUUCCCAGUGUCCCCUCCCUAGAGAGCCCCAGGGACCCUUACAACCACCUCCCUGCCCAUGCUCCAUGCUGUCCCGUGCAUGGAGCAUCCCGUUCCACUGCCUCCCCAGUGUUUGCAGGAACACGCCUGUGGGAGGACCCUGGGAGAGCGUGCCCUGGACCAGAGGGUUAAGGGGGUUGAGCGAGCAGUUCCGCAGUGUGCCACUAGGUGCUGCCCUUGAGCGGCAUUUGCACCCCAGAGGAAGUGCCAGGCUUCAAUGAAACGUGGGUCCCUGGCCUGUGGCUGCCCUGAACUUGGAAUUCUCUGUUGCUGGUUGUGUUAAUCAAGGGAUCCUGUGCAGCAUCCCCUUAGCCCAAGAGGAGUCCUCGGGAUGGAGGUCAACUCCAGCCGAGUGCAAGGAGGAGCUGGGCAGGUGGGCGGGUACUCCAGCUGUGGCCCUGGUUGGGGCUCAGGUCACAGAACCCUGCAGGACCGAGGAGGGCGUUGGAACCUAGCUGUGGGGCUGGCAAAGCCUUUGGUGGGGUGGGCCCGCUGUAUCCCCCUCAGGACCUCCAUUGUAUGACAUGCAUGUCUCUAAGCAUGUGCCUGCUUAGAAAAGGGAAAUAAAGCCUGGCUUCCCGGCGUCCAGCUGUUCUCUGCUCAGGCCGGGGCAGGGACAGCCAGCCUUGGUGGUCACCUGGUGUCACAGCC